UAGUACCAUCCUUAUUUCUGAAUAUUUUACAAACAAAAACAAAGAAACAUUUUCUUGGACAUCUGAAUCCUGAAUAAGCACCAAAAUGGACAGGAGGAGCGGUGAAGACGCUGUCUCAGUCAGCCCAAUGGAAAUCAACAUAUCAAACACCAAUUUUAGCUCGAUGAUAGUUGUGAAUGAUUUGCUGUUGCUGAAGCUAAUUUUGAAGUAUCCGUUCCUGUAUGGCAAAGCAGCGCAGUCGCAGCAGGACUCGGACUACGACGAGUGGGCCUGGAAGCAGAUUGCCGAUGAGUUUAAUUCCAGCUACAAGAACCUGCCGCUGAGUACCCCGUUCACGGCAGAGGAGCUGCAGUGGCGUUGGAAUAUUCUUCUGCCUGUGAUUGACUCCCUUUCGAAGCCGAGUGGACAUAUUCCCAUUCCACUGUUUGACGUUGUAUCGAAGAUCGCACGCUCGCUAAGUGCGGAAAAUGUGGAGCCACCCCUGGACGUGACUAUGUCACAGAACUUUCUACUCGCUCAGCUACCAUUGGUGGAGUCAAUGACGAUGGCGGAGCGCCGUCGCCUGGAAGUUGAGUGCCUCGAUGUCAUACUGCAGCACGAGCUGGAGACACGUGCUACUGUACCGGUGGGUCCCAAGGAGAUGGCCAGAGUCAAAAUCGAAUACGAUGAGUUUCUCAAGACUAUUCAGGUGAAGGAGAUGGACCUAUCGCCUCAGACACAACUUUCGCUCAAUGGUCGUGAUGUCAAACCCGUCUUGGUCCAAGCAAACGAAGCUCCCGCUUCUGCCACUCCAGAUUGCAGCUCCCAAAGGUCAAAUCUGGUCAUUAGCGGUGUGUUUAGUGCUCAGAACGACAUAGAUCCCGCACCGGUUGUUUCGCCAUCGAAACCCCAGAAGGAAGCUAUUGAUCGCGCGCCUUCAGUCUCCCCACCGCUGGACAUUAAUAGAGAGGUGGAGGUGGCCCUUGCGGCAAUUGAGCUUGCCAUUAAGAUGGAAAAUACGCGGGGAAAUCCAGAGAAAGAAGUCACUGCCGUGGCCAAGACCACUGAUUCACCUCUAACAGACAAUCCGCGCCACAUACCGAUCAAGAGCGCCAAGUAUUACACAAAAAAAGUGCGCGUUCGGGUUAAGCGUGUGGAUCUGGAUGACUUCAUGUCGUUGGCCAGCAUAGUAGGGAAGCGACUGAGAAGGAAAUAAAUUUACAUCAAAUGCACAUAAGUUUAUUUUAAAAAAUACAUUACUAUAAAUUACAACUUAAGGCUAUUCUUUAA